GACUCCACACAAAAAUUUGUCCACCUUCUCACUCAUCCAAUACAUAUAUGGACUAGAUUCUCUCCUUUUCAGUAGUGAAAUUAACUCCACAAGCUACUUCCCCUUGUUUCCAUCAUAUAGGGGGGUCACCCGCAACAACUUGAACAAAUCAUGCAUAUCAUCUAACAAUCAAUAUCCACUUCUCUUUCUCCACAAUAAUCCGUGUUCCUCUCCAACAUUAUGUGUGAAGAAAAAGCAUAACACUAUCACAAAAAAAAAUGAGCCAGUGUGUUCCCAGCUGGGAUAUCGAUGACAACCCACCACCCCCAAGAGCCUCUCUUCGUUCCAACUCCAAUUCAACUGCCCCUGAUGUCUCCAUGUUAGACUAUGAUGUUGCAGAGCUUACAUGGGAAAACGGACAACCUUCCAUGCAUGGCUUAGGGCUGCCGCGAGUGCCGGUGAAAUCAUCCACUACCACCACCAAUACCGCUCCUCACAAGGAGGCAUGGGAAAAGCCUCGUGGUAGUGGCACCUUGGAGUCUAUAGUGAACCAAGCCACUACCUUACCCCAGUGGGGUAAGUCAUCUUUUGUUGGCGGUGACAAUAUUGGUGGCGUUUAUGGGAACGUGCUAGUCCCAUGGCUUAACCCACACCGCGCUGCGGCCAUCGCAGCUGCCAGCGCCUCCAACACCAUGACCAUGGAUGCGCUCGUGCCCUGCACGAAUCGUUCUGAGGAGAAGAGCACCCAGGUCAUUGAUUCUGCUGCAACCGGAGGGCUUGGAACGAGCAUGAUGGGUGGUUCCACACGUGUGGGGUCAUGCAGUGGUGUGGCUGCCACGGCUGCACGGGAGGAUGGCGCGUUCCUGGCGGAGGUUGCAAAGCGUGGCAAGGUGGCGACAACACGCGUGCCGGCAAACAGCCGUGACCAGAGUGUGAGUGGCAGCGCCACCUUUGGGAUGAACAGCCAGCACGUGACACUAGACACAUGCGACAUGGAGUUUGGUUUGGGUUUUACUUCCACCUCCAUAGGGUCUUUGGAAAACACAAAGACCACCACAGUUGAUGACCACGAUUCUGUUUGCCAUAGUAAACCAACGAGAGGGGACGGGGCGGAGGAGAGAAAGAGAGAAAACAGAAAAUCUUCAGUGUGCACCAAAAGGAGCAGAGCUGCAGCUAUACACAACCAAUCUGAAAGGAAAAGGAGGGAUAAGAUAAACCAAAGAAUGAAGACACUGCAAAAGUUGGUCCCAAAUUCCAGCAAGGCUGAUAAAGCUUCAAUGUUGGAUGAGGUGAUAGAAUAUCUGAAGCAAUUGCAAGCACAAGUGCAGAUGAUAAACAGAUUCAACAUGUCAUCCAUGAUGCUCCCGAUGACCAUGCAACAACAACUUCAAAUGUCGAUGAUGGGGCCAAUGGGCAUGGGGAUGGGAAUGGGUAUGGGGAUGGGAAUGGGAAUGGGGAUGGAUAUGAACACCAUGAAUCGGGCUAACAUGCCCGGCAUGCCUCCAGUCCUCCACCCUUCUGCCUUCAUGCCCAUGGCCUCAUGGGAUGCUGCGACAGCCGCAACCGGCGGUGACCGGCUUCAAGGACCUCCAGCCACCAUGAUGCCUGACCCUAUGUCCACAUUUUUCGGAUGCCAAUCACAGCCCAUGAACAUGGAAGCCUAUAGUAGGCUUGCUGCGAUGUAUCAACAGCUGCACCAGCCUCCAGCUUCUGGUCCAAAGAAUUGAGAUGUUUGCUGAGUUGCAGCAAAAAUGUGUGCAUAUUUAUUCUUUAUAUGAGAAAUAUUCAUAUUAGCUCCAAAGCUGGUUAUGUGAAACAAUAGCAUAGUAUUUACACUGCCCUUCUUGGAUGAGAAAUUUAUUAAGAAUCGGUGGCUUUCUAUUGUAACUUGAAUAAUAUAUUUGUUGUUUUGUUCAAUAGCUUAUUUGUUAUUUCUUUUA